AUGGAAGGCAGUGCAAACCAUGCGGCGUGGCCUCUCAGGGCUUCAGGAUGCUUCGUCCGCAGGGAUGUAGCACUCAUGUUUUCAGCUCAGGCACAGAAGCUGGGUAUCGCCAUCAAUUUUGGUGUCGGCGUUACCAACUAUCUGGAAGAUUCUGCCAUGGGCUUAGGAAUUAUACAUACUGACGAUGGACGAGAGCUGAGCGCAGAUAUCGUUGUAGCUGCAGAUGGGUUUGGCACUAAGUCCCAUUCCGUGGUCGUCGACUACCCUACCCGUGCUGUUAGUACUGGUUAUUGUGAUGAUGGCACGGCCACAGAAUCGUGGUCGACCGGGGUUGCGCCGGAGCAAAUGGCGGCAGCUGUCCCAGGCUUACAAAGUUGGUAUCAUCUCCCCGUUGAAUCAAUAAAGAACACACCACCUGACACUAACGUCCAGUGGAAGUUAUGCUUGCGUAAACCCCAGCCCAACUGGACAUCUGAAAGCGGGUGCAUCGUGCAAAUCGGCGACGCCGCACGCAGUCCACUUCCGCCAUCAGCUAACGGAGCUGCUAUGGCCUUAGAAUACUCCAUGUCCCUCGCAGGGUGUCUUCGUCUUGGCGGAAAGGAGGAGGCCGCUAUGGCAACGAAGGUGCACCAGGAUCUUAGGUGUCUGCUCAAUACUUCGAUGAAACAAGUGACUAAGGGAGGGAAAGCGUUUUUGUUCUAUGGCAAGUGGCUUUGGCAACACAACGUUGACAAGUAUGCUACUGCCAAUUUUGAAGCAGCACGGCAGAGCAUCGAGCUUGGAAAUGCCUUCAAGAAUACGAACCUGCCCCGGGGCCAUGUUUCUCAAGACUGGACAAUGGAAAGCCGGUUAGCGAAGGAGAUGGCAGGUAUUUUUAUACAAGACCUAAACCUCAAGUACAAGUACACAUAG